CCGCUUCCUUCUUCCCAGUCUGCUGCCGGGCGAAACUCUCAUCGGCUGGAAAGAAGGCAAUAUCGUCAGAUUCUCACGCCUUGUUGACACUUAAACUUCAGCGAGAAAACAUUUCAUUCGAAAUUGUCGCUGCUCCGUCCAUGAUGAAGCGUCCUUCUCCCAAUAGUUCCCCCUUUUGGUGGGACCAUAUCCGUGAGCGUCGAAGAAAGACCAGUCAUUCGAAUUGUCUCGAACCGGCCGAGCUGUCGUUUUGCGGCGCUCGCGAUAGAGAGGUUCUUACACCGUCGGUCUUUUGCACCGGGCUGGCCAGACAAACUCUUUAGCAAGCAUGAUACGUCGAUAGUGCCGCAACGGUAUCUUUUACCAUACACCUGGAUGGAGCAGGUUGAGCCUCUUGUCGGCUCUCCAGCCCUCUCACGGCCAGAGGCAAGCCUGCCUAUUUCUAUCAGCACAUCCCCCAAGUUUCAGUCAGUCCUCUUCUGCCUUCUGUUUACUGCCGUAGUCAAGGCCUCGUCGUUCGCCGCAAGACCAUCCACGAAGCCUCCGAGUACUAUCGUCCCGAGGCCGUCCACGCCAAACCUACCCAAUUUAUUAUCAUUCUGCCAACCCUCCCGCAAUUUUUCUCCUCCCCAAAACUCAGAACCCAAAACUGAAGAUGAAGUUCUCCUUCACCGCCCUCCUCGUCCUGAUCGCCAGCACCUUCACCGAGGCAAAGCCGCACAAGGCCCCCAUGCUCGGCUUGGAGGGCCCCCAGUUGUGGGAAAAGUCCCAGUGUGACCUCACCCGCUGGCCCUCGUCCCCGCUGCCGAGCCUCACGCACAGUUACCACAUCACGUCCGUCAUCGACGAGAACACCGCCCGCCUCUGUGGCCGGCUCUGGCACAACCUCAGCCGCUUCAGCUCGUGCGGCGCCAUCACCAGACCGUGGUGCGAGGACAACAGCUCCGAGGCCGGGGUGAGGCGUAUCAACUGGGGCUUCACCCUGACGAUGCUCUGCGACCCCGGCUGCGUCGAGUCGGCCUGGUUUGAAGCCACCAGGAAUAGAUACGGCGGUAUCAACUGCUAAGUUCACCAAACUGUGUUUUGCUUUUGAGUUGGCUUCAGUUGUCGGGGAUGGGGGCAAAAGUAAGGGUUUGGUUUGAUCCGUUGUGGAUUAAACUUGCUGGCUGUCGAGGUGCUGUUUACAAAUGCGUGGUAUAAUGGGAAAGGCUAUCCAUCAAGGAUGCCAUGGAAGUGUUGCGCAAACGAUCUCUAUUGUUAUAUGGAUCUACUCUUGUCAAAAGAUCUUGUUCUUCCUCUAAAGGUCUCGUAUCAGUUCUCAUUCCGAAUACUAAGGAGGGAUGAGCGACACUGACAAUGGUCAACAUUAUUCACCGCUGAGGAGUAUAAGGUUCUCCGAUAGUCCGU